ACCAGGAGCUAGGCACUGUUCACAUUACAUCCAAUGGAGUAGCCUAGGCUGGUCUGACACCCUACCAAUCUAACAUAGGAUUAUUUUAGUCUCCUUUGCUUUGUUUUGAGAAGACAAAGGUGAUGCAGUCUCUUGCCCAGGAAAUCAAGACAUUUUCCAAGACCAAUUUGAGAAAGCAAUGCACCCGCGUGACGACGUUGAGUGGCAGGAGGAUUAUUGAGACAUGGAAAGGGUCGACAAUACAUGUUGUAGAGGAUCAAACUCAGCCUGAGACAGCAUGCGGCUAUGUACAGGACAACAGCUGGGACGUACAAGUUGGAGUUAUUAAACCUUAUUUACUAUUAGGCUCACAAGAUGCUGCACAUGACUUUGGCACUUUGAGAAAAUAUAAGGUGUCCCACAUAUUAAAUGUAGCCUAUGGUGUUGAAAACGCAUUUCCAGACCUGUUCAUUUAUAAAACACUGAGCAUUCUGGAUGUUCCUGAUACUGACAUAACAUCCUAUUUCCAAGAGUGCUCAAAAUUCAUAGACCAAACAAAUGCAGAGAAAGGAGUUGUGUUGGUUCACUGCAAUUCCGGAGUCUCGAGGUCGGCCUCGGUCAUCAUUGGAUACCUGAUGUCCAGGGAAGGAAAGCCUUUCGAUGACGCGUUUGCCUUGGUGAAAUCGGCCCGGCCGGCCACGUGCCCAAACCCAGGGUUUCUUGAACAGUUGAAAGGUUUCAAACCGAAAGGGGGCAUAGAAGCCAAUGGUGUGGGCUAUGCAUGAGCAACAACAGCAACACCUGCAGGGCCAGAAUAAUGCAUUUCAUAUCAGCCACUGUUUCUCACAAGGAGGCCAUUCUGAUAAAGAUCUUGGGCUGUGUCUGAAAUAUACAGUAUAGUGCGUUGGGGCCUUGGUCAAAAGUAGUGCACCAUAUAGGGAAUAGGGUGUCCUUUUGGAUCUUAAUAUGACCCCUAAUACCCAAGGGACCCCAACAUCAUGUUGAGGUGUUCAUUAGACGUCAUUUUUUCAAAAGCCCUACAAUGCCCUGUCAAUAUACACUGUGGGUCCAGUGUUAUUCAAUAGAAAAACAUCUCUGUUAUCAAUUUCUAUAACCCACAAUGGAAUUUGGCCACAAUGAAAUUUAACCCAUAAGGCCACAAUGGAAUUUAAGAAAGGUAUAAAUAUACGAUUCUCAACUUUAUGAACCAUGUCUGUGCAAAAAUUCUUAAGUUAAUUUUGAGUCUUUCCUUUUUUGUACCAAAUGUGUGAGGUUAGAAAAAACGGACUAAACUAUAAUAUUAAAUGUAGAGUUUUAAUUGUAUUAACUUCAAUCUUGGUUUAAGAAAUAUUAUGGACAUCCUUACUUUGUCUUAAUAUAUUAUUUAUUGUAUGUUGGGAUGUUAUCUACGGCAAGGGAUUUCAAACUUUUCUUGCCCAGGGGCCCCCGCCCAGGCAAACCGGCAACCCCGGGACCCCCAUCAUUUUUUAGCAAAAAUAAAUAAAUAAUUGAUUGUCUUGUCAAUCAAUGUUAAUCAUUUUUAAAAUGAAUAGAUUUGGUACUGUUUCAUAAUUUUGACCUCCCUACAGUUUAUUGGAAGCGUAAACUCUAACAUAGACUAUUAGCUAGAAAGGUAUCUUGGCAGCAGAGAGAAAAUGUUGCUGUUGUAAAGCUAAUUUUCUGCAAUUCUACAUAUUUUUCCAUUGAGUUGAGAGAACAUUUAGCAGAUUUGAAGAUAAUUUCCAACAAUUCUAUGCAUUUUGCCGUGGCUAACGCUGUAUUCCUCUGCUCAAACAUUAUUAAAUCAAUGUGCAUGUGCCCUGGAAUUUUCGAUUCUCCCUGACUGUCUAGCUUUUAUUUGAUUGUUAGUUCUCAAAGCUGGUAUUACUUCAAACUAUACAUAGUUCAAUAUCUUUUCUGCAUGCUUUCUAUCUGGUUUUGAUAGUUUAAGUUGAAACUGUUUUCCAACCCACCUAAGAAUUUUCUAUACAAAAAACCUGGUAAUUAGCUCCAUAUUAAAGGGAUAGUUCGAGAUUUUGGCAAUGAAGCCAUUUAUCUACUUCCCCAGAGUCAGAUGGUAGCAUACAAGCUAGCAUGCUAAUUGGUUCCUGUAGACUUCCAGUCAUUGUGCUAACGGUAGUUAGCAUUGGCUCGUGAAAUUACCUCUAACGUCCUUCAUACUGGACGCAGAGAUUUAACAAUAGUAUCCACGAUGGCCUCGGACCCAAGUUUGAAAACCCCUGAUCUAUGCGAUGUUGAAUAAGCUAAGAGAAGUAAUCUACUGAAGGCAAUAUUUUAAAUGUUAUAAUCUACUUCCAUGAUUUUGUAACAGACAUGUAUUCUUUUUGAUGUUAUUAUCUUUAGUUUAAAAUGUGGUUUUUUUAUUGCAAAAAAAAUAUUACUAUGAUUGUGGGUGUUUGAAAUAUGUUGUUUAUUAAUGUUUUAUAUGAACAUGUUUGAAUGCAAAAUAAAAUGUUAUGAACUCUUGUUCUAGAAUGUAAACAUAUAAUUAUUCUAGUUAAUUAUUCUUCCAUACACAAUGUAGGCUAGGCUACUGCUAACAUUUCCACCAUAAUAUAUGUUUCGGGAACUAGUAUGAAUUGCGUUGUUAAGAACCUAUGUUGAUUAAUGCAUAAAUCCACCCUUUUGAUCAAUGUGUGUGUGUGUGUGUGUGUGUAUUCAGAAUAUGU